AUGCAGAACUGGCAGCCAAAUGGCCAGGCAGGCUCUCCUCAGGGCCAUAAUAACAUGUGGUCGAGUGGUUACACUUUUCCCGAUGGAGCGAACCAGUUCGAUGCAUCCCAAAACUGGCAGCAUCAUCAACUUCCUAAUCAGAAUGCCUUCUCGCAUCUUGGCGCCCGAGGCAAUGGUGCUGAGAAUAAUCUCUAUACCUCACCUCACCAAGCCCAUGCAACUGUGGCAACCGAGCACAGCAGCAUGUCUGCUCUGAACCACGGAAGCUUUCACAACGGCCACAGCCAGUUCCCGUUGGACACGCCUUAUACUGAUGCUGGUCAAGAGGAUGCCUUGGCUGGUCUGAACGACUUUCCGCAAGACAUGUACGGCGAGCCGGGCAAAGCAGACUUCAGUGCCAAUAUCGACAACUUGAACCAUGGCCACACGCCUGACUUUACUCAACAACAAUUUCAGUACAACGGCCAGGCCAAUCAGCUUUUCAAUGGUGGCGUUUCCCAAUACACCGACGCCCAAUUGAUUCCCCAGCAUGGUCACCAAACACCAGCACAACUACAACAGCGCUUCGACUCGGUUUCCCAGUCAUUUUCGCCGGCCCCUCAAGGCUAUGUUCCAUCACCACAACCGCAACAACACCAGGCACAACCGGAACGAGUCUUCUCCCAGUCGCCUCACUCCUUUCAGGCCCAACAGUCCCACCAGCAGAGCAGUCAGGGCUUCUCUAACCCGACCCCGCCUCCCUUCCAGCAGAACCAAACUGCGCCCUACCAGCAGCAUAAGUUCGUCCCUCAGCAGGUCUCAUACCCCCAGCCGGGAGGAAGAUCUGCGUUUCAGCCUGUCGCUGCGAAGCAGAUGCCUGAUCAAGACUCAACACCUCAGCACACACCGCAGCCUAUACCUCAACAACAAUCUACCCAUCAAGUCAAAGCAGUCGCGUCACCGGCUCGUACUGUGCAAUCACAGCAGCCACAGAAGCAGCAGCCACACUUACAGCCCAUUGCGGCAGCACCUACGUCCCAACCUGGAACACCUGCCAUCGAUCCCGCCCUCCAACCUGAGCCCCUGAAGAAGCGUAAACGGGUUCUGAAGAAGGAGGGCGAGGCGGAACAGGUGGAUUCUCCGAAUUCGAAGAGAGCUGACGAUGGCGAGACUUUGGCCUUGCCUUCGAGUGUUGAAGAGGAGAUGGUGGCCAUGGAGAAAUUCAGAAAACGCAGUGCUGCAUCCAAGAAACAGUUUCCCCCGAUUCCAGGAGCGCCGUUUCUUGUUUCUUCAGGCACUGUCAAGUUGGCCGCGCCUAAGAGUUACGACAGGCUCGCACCACUUGUCGCUUUGCCAUCGUCUAGUGGACGACGCAUUCUUCCAGAACUCGGCCGUGACCUUCCUUGUGAGAUUCAAGGCAGGUUCACUGACAAGUACAGACCGUCCGUGAACUUUGUCGGACAGCCAGGGGAUAGAGAGACGGAGGCUAAAGCCCUCAUCGAGCAGUAUGGACGUGAGAUGGGGGAUCUUAAAUCUGGCCGUCCCAAAUACUCGGAAUUUCCUUUCACCUUCCAGGAGCAACUGAAGGCCGACGAAGCAGCCAAGUCCAAGGCCCAGAGAAAGGCGCGAAAGGAAGAGGAGGAAGAACGAAAAAGACCAAUUCGCCCUGAGACGCGGCCAACCGACCCUGUAGAAGCUGCCGUAUGGGAUGUACUUGGCAUCGCCUAUAUUGAUCCUUCAGCCACCAGAACGACUGCCCUCCUUGGCACUACUGUGCAGGCUCUGGGUGAAUUUCUUGUGAAGCUCAGAUCGGAGUUGAACCGACUGAGACAGGAGGUCGACCAGGCGAGCAAGGAGGGGAAGCCUCCGUCUGUCAUGGCCGAAUGGAACAGUAAGCUGGAUUUGAAGAGGGAGAUCUUCACCAGGGUCUGCGACGCCGCAGCUAAGCAUGGUGACGAAGCUGUUUUGGAGAACCUCGGUGGUCACCAGAAGGGUGUACUGAGCCUGGUCAACAUGCUGAUCGGUUGCAUCAAGGCAGCUGACUUCAAGGGACCCUUGCCGAAGGCCCUCCUUCGCCUCAUGUCUAACAUCAGCAUACACAAGAAGAUCGCAGACGCAGUCAAUUUUGAGACUAUCCGAAAACGAUUUACGGAUAGGGGCGACGAUGAGAUCAAAGAAUUAGUUCGUACGAUCGCAUCUAGGAUCAAGAAAGAUGCUGAACCAAUCAAUGGUCUUGACGCCAAGAAGGCACCGUCGACGGCCGCAGUCAGCAAAACGCCAAAGCCUGCUGCGAAGCCCCUUGAUGGCCCCUCCGCGAAGAGAGUUCGCGAUGACGACAGCGAUUCCCGUAAUGUCAAGAAGAUGGCCAUCGAGUCAACAAACACCGCCUCUGGCACCAAACCGGCCGCCAAACCGGCCGCCGGUUCCCUUCAAUCCAAGUUCGGCGCUACAAAGCCUCGUCCGGCGGCUUCGACUUCUCUUGCAGGCAAAAUCCGAGCGCCUGCCCCUAAAUCGGGCACCAGAGAUACUGCCAAACCCGAACCUUCGAGAUUUGAAGCGUCUGCUUCGUCUGCAAUGGAUGUCGACAAGAAACCAGCGACAUCAGCGCCCAAGCCCGAGGCAAAAGUGCCUUUGGCAAAGGCUGCUACGACCUCGGGCAUCGCUUCUUCCAGCAUCGCAUCCCUGCUUGACUCCAUCAACACACCCAAGGCGGAUGGUGGCCCCUCAGCACAAGCGAAGGACUCCAGCAAGAACGACAUUUCGGAAACUCCCGAAGAGAAGGAGAAGCGGCUCCGCAAGGAAGCACGCCGGAAGCUUCGUGUCAGCUGGAAACCCGAGUCGGAGCUGGUACAGGUUCGCAUCUUCCAUAAAGAAGCCGCCGAAGACCAGGACAACAUGACCAAAGACGCAGCGGAUGAUCGGUCUGAGGGAAUGAUGCUCAAGCAGCGCACAUACAACGAGGAUGAUGAUGAGGAGGACGACCUGCCCCAGAAGCCAUGGGCCAGACCAACGUUUGCCGAUUUGUCCAGUAUCCCGAUGGACUACCGCAACAAAUCCUUCAUCACUCGUGGAGGCAACCUCACUUUCCAUACCGAGGAACAGAGGACCACUGAGGAACGGGAGAAGAAGGAACUGAUGGUUACAUACAUGGACAUCUCGGACAUUCCGCCAACGCCCAAGUCUCCGCCACCCGAGUCCGCAACGCUUAGUUCCCAAGGCAAGACCUGCCAGCUGCCUCAAGGGGAGCCGAAAUACGAUGAGAUCCACAAGCGGUGGAAGGAAGCACAGCAAUUCGGCUGGGAAGCAGCAGGAUACUAUGCGCGCCAACGUCUCGAUGCGCAGGAUGACCCCGCUACGAAACUCAACUCGAUCUUGGGCAACCUGAAGCCGAUCGCGCCGGCAGUCGAGCCUGAACCAUACAACAUGACUCCGCCCAAGGAGAACGCGCAGCCUAUCCUGCCUCAUGCCACUGAUAUGCAGCCUGUUCCGGUCAUCCCGUUCGACGACAAGGUGCACGACAUUCUUAUCUCGGACAAAAUGAAAAACUGGCAGGAUCCCAGUCCGUUCAAUUUGGCUGCACAGCAGACCCAUCGACGCUACGACUACCCCGACCCAGCUCUUCAGGCCGCCGCCGAUGAUGUAGAGGAGGCAUCAGAAGCGUUGAAGGGACUGCCAUACCCCGCGACUAACCCGCCCGCUUGGCUUGCCAACAAUCAAGAGAGAGUGAGGGAGUGGUGGGCCGGAUAUCAGAAAGACUUGGCGGCAAGAACGAAAAAGGGUGCGGGUGAUCAGGCGCAAGCUGGACCCAGUGUCGAGGUAGAGCCACAACAACAACAACAACAACAACAACAACAAGAACAAGAACAAGGACAACAACAGCCUGCGCCCCAGGCUCAAGAGCACAGUGACGCAUGGGCAGCAUACUACAAGCAACAAGAGCAACAGUACGCCCAAUACAUGGCCAUGCUGCAGGGUAGCCAGCCUCAGCAGCAACUUCAGUCCGUUCCACCAGCCCAACCUACACCAGCAGCUCCUGCCCCGGCAGGCGACAGUCAGCUCCAGACACUCCUUGCUCAGAUGGCUCAACAGCAGCCGGCGUCCCAAGGCGUUGCAUAUGGGCUCAACCCGCAAGAUACUGGCUAUCAACAGUUGAUGAUGCUUGCUCAGCUUCAGCAGCAGCAGCAGCAGCAGCAGCAGCAGCAGCAACAACAACAACAUACCCCGCCUCCGCCGCCUCCAACUGCUUCACAGUCUCCUCCCAAUCACGAACAAAACUCGUUCAAGCCUCCUCAUUUGCAGCGGCAGCUGGUCGACUACAGCGAUCGGGACACUCGAGACGAGUUUGAACAACUCAGCGGGCGCGAUAAGGAACGCGGGCGCGAGCGUGAAGGGAAAGGCGGCAAGCAGGGUAAGAACCGCAAAGGGAACGCUCCCGGGGGCGCCACGCUCCCUCCCCAUCGUCCCGUCAACCGUGCCCUCAUCGGAACCAAGCCGUGCAGUUUCUGGCAGCAGGGGAAAUGCGCAAGGGGUGACAAGUGCACAUUCAGACACGACAACUAA